AAGAAGAAGAAGAUGUAUGUAGUUGAGAGCAAAGGAGCAGCUAUAGGAUGUAUGAUAGUGUCGUUGUGUUGUUUGGGAAGUUGGCCAGCGAUUUUGACUCUGUUGGAGAGAAGAGGUCGUCUUCCUCAACACACUUUUCUUGAUUUCACAACCGCUAAUCUCUUGGCUGCAAUCGUGAUCGCGUUUUCGCUCGGUGAGAUUGGAAAAAGCACGUUUCAAACACCUGACUUCACCACUCAGCUCCCUCAGGAUAACUGGCCGUCAGUAUUGCUUGCAGUCGCAGGCGGUGUGCUUCUUAGCGUCGGGAAUUUAGCGACUCAAUACGCUUUUGCGUUUGUCGGUUUAUCUGUUACUGAAGUUAUAACCGCAAGCAUCACCGUCGUCAUUGGUACGACGUUGAAUUAUUUCUUGGACGACAAGAUAAACAAAGCUGAGAUCCUUUUUCCCGGAGUAGGUUGCUUCUUGAUCGCUGUUUUCCUCGGUGCUGCGGUUCACGCUUCGAAUGCAGCAGAUGUCAAAGCGAAACUCAAGUCUUUCCCUAGCGAGUAUAAAGCUAGGACACAAGACUUUUAUUCUUCCAUUAAAAAUGGUGAAGACAACCCUGAAAAAGAGAAAACUGAUGUCGAAUCUCAAGAGAAACAAGCGGGAAAGGCGAAAGCAGGGACGGCAGGAUUCUUUGUAGAGCUAGAGAACAAAAGGGCAAUCAAGGUGUUUGGAAAGAGCAUAAUGAUCGGACUAUUCAUAACGCUCUUUGCGGGAAUCUGCCUUUCUCUGUUCUCUCCUGCAUUCAAUUUGGCAACAAACGAUCAGUGGAGUACAUUGCCAAAAGGCGUACCUAAGCUCGUUGUCUACACCGCCUUUUUCUACUUCUCAAUCGCGGGUUUUCUCAUCGCUCUGAUUCUAAACCUCAUUUUUCUUUACCGGCCAGUGGUAGGCUUAGCGAGAUCAUCUCUUAAAAAGUAUGUAAAUGACUCUAAAGGUAGAGGUUGGGCUAUUUUCGCUGGAUUCUUGUGUGGUUUUGGUAACGGUUUGCAGUUCAUGGGAGGUCAAGCCGCUGGAUACGCGGCUGCAGACUCUGUCCAGGCACUGCCUCUUGUGAGCACAUUUUGGGGUAUAGUUUUGUUUGGAGAGUAUCGAAAAUCGUCGAAGAGAACCUAUGCGCUUUUGGUUAGCAUGUUGGUCAUGUUUGUUGCGGCAGUGGCAAUUCUGAUGGCAUCUUCCGGUCACCGGAAAUGAUGAGCUUUUUGUUAGUUCUGUUACACACUUGAGCAUAUGUGUACUAAGUAUAACAAUAAUGCAACGUCUUCUUUACUUUUAUGAAUUUUCAGAUGAAAGAGGGAAAGGUUAGGUACUUGUCGUUAUACAAGAUUAAUUGUA